AUUGUGUAGAACAAGUACUUUCUCUUCAAUUAAAUAUUAUUUAUUAUUAUUUGAUGUUUUAUUCAAGGGGUGGGAAAUUGUUUGUGUGUGCAUGUCUGUGUGCCUAAAAAAAAAAAAGGUGGUGGAAGAUUUACAUUCAUCCACGUCACCGGUCCAAAACAUAACCAAGACCUGUUAAAAAAAAAUUUGGAUAAAAUCCUUCUGUAUGUUGAUUAGAUAGCACUAAUAUAUUUUAGCUCCAAGUUAUUGACAUUUUGUAUCGCAUGACAAUUAACCCCAGGAUAUCUUGACAGUGAUUUAGAAAGUCACAAGAUGACUUGGAUAUUCUGGUUGUUUGUUAUUGGGUGUUUUGGAUACGAGUCAGUUGUUGGACAAGGUCAAAGAGUUGCACCUGGUGUUCCACCUCAGCAUUACCAGCAACAACAACAUGUUCCCCAGCAUCAACAACAACCACCAUACCAGCAACCACAACAUCCACCACCACCUCAACAACAACAACAACAACAAUAUCCACCACCACCUCAACAACAACAACAACAACAACAAUUUCAACAGCCACAUCAAGUGCCAGUUCAACCUCAUCAACAAAAUGUUCCUCAGGGAGGACCUAAUGUAGGUCAUGGUCAUGGUCAUGGACAUGGACAUGAUGGACCACCUCAAAUUCUCAAUGCUGCAAAUAUUGCAGCAGAAAAAGAACAUAUUGGAGAACAUAUUGGUGUUCCAUCAAUGGAUACCAGUAAAAUGACUGAGCAAGAACUCCAAUUUCAUUAUUUUAAAAUGCAUGAUGCUGAUAAUAAUAAUAAACUUGAUGGAUGUGAAUUAAUAAAAUCACUUAUUCAUUGGCAUGAUCAAGGAAAUAAUGCUCCACAAAGUGGUGAUCAUGAUACUCAAGGACAUCCAGCACCAACUGUUGGUGAUAAAGUAUUUACUGAUGAAGAACUUGUUAAUUUAAUUGAUCCAAUCCUCAAUAUGGAUGACAACAACAAAGAUGGUUUUAUUGAUUAUUCUGAAUUUAUACUUGCCCAACAAAAAGCUGCUGCUCCAACAACUCCAUAAUAUUAGUAUAUUAAAUUCAAAAGAAAAACAAAAUUAUUAUAUACUUUUUAAACAAGUAACCUUAGAAAAAUCACUAGAACAAUAAUCAUUCAAUAAUAUAUUUAACUAGUUUUUUUUUUUUAUCAUGGCUAAAUUUUUUUAAUUUUUUUUUUUUGUUGCCGUCCAUGAUUUAUAAAUUUGCCAAGAUCAAUUGAAUGGACAAAUUAAAUUUUUCUUUUAAUUCUGUUUCUUCUACAUUUAUACUGAAAUAGUUGAUAUUUUGUAAGAAAUAUUUUGUUAAAUAAAUAUAAAGAAAAAUUA